AUGGCAGCUUCAGAAGCAGCGUAUCUGGCUGAGAAAAUCAUCGGUCAUGACGAUAAUGCCAUCACUGAGCAAGAUGUUUCCGACUACCAAGGAAUUGGAGCGGCGACCAUGAUGAAAGCGUUGGUUUGGAGAGGAAAGAAUAAGGUUGAAAUUGCCGAUGUUCCUAAGCCCCAAAUUUUGGAAGAUACCGACGUGAUUCUCAAGGUAACCGGUUCUACCGUCUGCGGCUCUGAUUUACAUCUCUAUCAUGGAACUGUUGUACAACUCGCAGAUGGCGACAUUCUGGGACACGAGUUCUGCGGAGUUGUAGAGGAAGUUGGCAGCGCUAUCAACAAAGUCCAAGUCGGAAAGAGAUACGUGGCUUCUUUUCAAAUCGCGUGUGGAGAUUGCUUCUUCUGUAAACAGAAGCUAUCGUCGCAGUGCGAAAAGACAAACUCGAAUACAGCUGCGAAGAGUCUAUAUGGUGGAAGGACAGCAGGCAUCUUUGGAUAUUCGCAUCUCACAGGCGGUUUCGCUGGUGGACAGGCAGAGUAUGUGCGUGUUCCACUGGCUGACGUGAACUUGUUGGCUAUUCCUGAUGACGUUCCGGAUGAAAAGGCUCUAUAUCUCUCUGACGUUCUCUGCACCUCUUACCAUGCUGUCAAAGACACCGCUGUCUACCAAGGCGACGAAGUGGCCAUCUUUGGAGCAGGUCCUAUCGGACAAAUGGCGGGCGUUUUUGCCCUCGGAGAGGGAGCAUCCAAAAUUAUAUUCGUAGAUACCGAACCGCGUCUUACCCUCGUCAAGCAGCAUUUCCCCGUUUCACACAGCGAUAAACUCGUUUUGAUCGACUAUAAGAAACUAUCUCAUGGCAUCACUUCCAAAGAGACUGUUGUCAGCAAACUAAAAGAUGUUUGUGGCGGACGAGGCCCAGAUGUCGCUAUCGAGUGCGCAGCUGGGGAAUACGCCAAGGGGUGGAUGCAUUGGUUGGAAAUGACUGUUGGUGCUGAAACUGACACCAGCGAGAUUCUCAAUGAAAUGAUUGAAGGAGUACGCAAUUAUGGCCGCUGUGGCGUCACUGGAGUUUAUGUCGCAUACACAAACCACUUCAACGUAGGCUCGCUCAUGCAGCGAGGUAUCCGACUUAUUGGAAACGGCCAGGCGCCGGUACACAAAUACUGGGAAGAAUUGCUUGCCAUGAUCCAAAAAGGCGAGCUUAACCCACUACAGAUGGUUUCUCAUAGAGUAAGGCUAGAAGACCUCGACAAAGUGUAUGCAAAGUUUGAUGCAAAGGAGGAUGGUAUGCAGAAGGUGUUUGUUCAGACUAGAUUCUCUAUGCCAAGGGCUUCAGAGUCUCCCGAAGUAACUAUCUAUUAAAAAGGCUCGACGUAUUUUAUUUG